GACCAGGAUCGCGAGCAGAACAGAGCCAAAACCGCUCCGCUUCAACUCUGGAUGCCAGCUUCCUGGGUCCCUCCCAUCGGGUAUCCGUGGUCCUGGAACGAAGGGCUUUGCCGGUAUCUCCGGCUACAACAGCUGCAAGAAUGUGAAUUUAUAGUAGUGAUUCCCGUAUCCACGGUCUGCGGUCUUUUUGUAGAUUUGGCCAACCACCUAGUCACCUCACAGACUUAAUCAACUCCGGGUAAAGAUGGGCUUCCUCAAAGCUAAGACGGACUACGUCCAGCGGGGGGACGCGGCCUUCAAGCCGGGCCCCAAGUACGGUCACCUCUCGGAGCCGCACCCGCAGGCGGCCUCGAUAUUCUCGCCCAUGGAGGAGGGCAUGCUGGCCGUCUGGAACAGCGACAUGUCCAUGGCGGAGCUCAAGGAGCUCUUCCGCACGGCCCCGCCCGCCCUCCCCGAAGGCUGCCCCGAGCCCGGCAGGGACGUCGCCAUAACGUACGAGAAGGUGCGCGUCCGCGACGGCGCCGAGGUUGAGGUCAAGAUCUGGAAGAGCACCACGCCCCGGAAGAACUCGGCCCUCGUGCUGAGGAUGCACGGCGGCGGCUGGACCGUGGGGGCCCACGAGUCCGAGGAGGCCGAGAACCGGUACCUCGGGGCGCUGCCGAAUGUCGUGGUGGUGAGCGUCGAUUAUCGGAUGGCCCCUGAGUUUCCGUUCCCGUAUGCCCUGAACGACUCCUUCGACGCCCUGAAAUGGUGCAAGCUCAAUGCCAGCCUUCUCGGCAUCAACACCGAGAAGAUCAUCGUGGCCGGUUGCAGUGCCGGCGGGAACCUGGCAGCCACAGUCGCGAUCAUGGCGCGCGACGAGGGCGUCACCGGCAUCGUCGGGCAGGUCCUGAGCAUCCCCGUGAUGUGCCACCCCAAGUUCUUCGACCGGGUCCCCAACAAGGACGAGCACGAGCUUCUGAGCUACACGCAGAACUUCGACGUCCCGCUGGUUGACGCCCUGCGCAUGGAGUUCUUCUGGGACUGCUACGUCGGCGCCGACGUCCGCCCGGACGUGCUGCACUCGCCGCUGCUGUCGACCAACCUGAGGAACCUGCCGCCAGCCGUUGUGCUUGUCGCGGGCAUGGACCCGCUCCGCGACGAGGGCAUCGCUUACGCGCACGCGCUGCGGGCCGCCGGCGUGACGGCUGACGUGCACACGUACAAGGGUCUGCCUCACGGGUUCUACUGUGCCGUCGGGCUUCCGGAGACGGCCGAGUAUAUGAAGCGGGUGGUCGAUUUCGUCCAGAAGUGCGCUGCUAGGGACUCGAGACUGUAAAAAGAGGCCGCGGUGAUUUUUUUAUGUGUAUCCCCCAGUCGUUGUCUACCAUUCCUUGGCUUCGCGGGACUUGCUGUCUUUGGCCGUGUUGUAUGUUAGUCGUUAGACGGAAUUUGCUUGUUCUCGCUCUAUUUGACAGGCUGGACCGUCUUGAGAACCCGGCCAACUUCAACCACUUUCCCAAUACCAGCGCGCUUUCGUGUUGCCCUGACAAACAGCUAAUGCGGCACGCCUCCUUGUUAGUACGGCAGUGGUAAGGCGGAGGAGACUGAGGUGAUACAUGCACAAACAAG